AUGGCUGUGUCGGUGCGGGGUUUGUACUUUUUGCUGACCCUGUUUUUGGCCAGUUUCUUCGGUAGCAUCUUCAUGCUGGGUCCGUUCUUGCCCCUCAUGCUGCUGUCCCCUGCCUGGUACCGCUGGAUUACUGAUCGCAUUGUCGCUACUUGGCUCACCCUGCCUGUGUCCCUGCUAGAACUGGUGUUCGGGGUAAAAGUUGUCAUCACAGGGGACGCCUUUGUCCCAGGAGAGCGCAGCGUAAUAAUCAUGAACCACCGCACACGACUGGACUGGAUGUUCCUUUGGUGCUGCCUGCUGCGCUAUAGCUACUUGCGCCUGGAGAAAAUUUGUCUCAAGGCGGCGCUUAAAGCCGUACCUGGCUUCGGCUGGGCCAUGCAGGUGGCGUGCUUUGUCUUCAUCCACCGGCGUUGGGAAAAAGAUAAAGAGCACUUAGGAAACAUGCUGGACUACUUCUGCGACAUUAGAGAACCACUGCAGCUCCUGCUUUUCCCGGAGGGCACUGACCUAACAGAGAACACAAGAGCACGCAGCGACAAGUUCGCAGCACAGAACGACCUGCCAAAAUACCAACAUGUGCUGCAUCCACGUACCACCGGCUUUACUUUCAUUGUGGAGCGACUGCGAAAAGGAGACAACUUGGAUGCGGUGCAUGACAUCACUGUGGCUUACCCGAAGAACAUCCCCCAGACCGAGCGCCACCUAAUGCUCGGCCUCUUCCCCCGCGAGAUCCACUUUCACGUGCAGCGCUACCCUGUCACCACGCUACCCGUCCGCUCUGCCGAGCUGGAAUCGUGGUGCCGCAAGCGUUGGGCCGAGAAGGAGUCGCGGCUACGGGACUUCUACUCGGGCGGGCUGCGGGCCUUUGACCGGGAAGGUGUGGCGCGGGUACCGCCGUGUAAAUCGGAGCUGCGCGUGGCUCUGAUCAAAGCUGCCUCGCUGCUCUACUGGACCAGCUUCAUCGCGCUGUGCUUCGUCGGCAUUUGGCUGUCUGCUCCUGUCAGGUUGUACUUGGUGGUGGUGGUGGGUGUUUACGUAGUCCAGCAUAAGGUGGCAGGUGGACUGGAGCUGCUCGAGUUGGCCUGCCAUCGCUUCUGGACCUCCAUUGCGGCCAACGGGAAGGACAAGAUGGUGGAUGGAAAAAAACCAUGA